UGUGUCAAAGACUGCUCUAGAACCACAGUGGUGGGGAUUUCCAAAGGUUUCUAGAAUCAGGGUUUUAUAACCGGCCUCCAAAAUUUGUUCUGAGGUAAAUGCAGAAUACAAACUCAGUCUAGUAUCACAGUAGGUUCUAGAAACAGUUCCCAGGCUUUACAGAGUUCUGGAAUCACCACAGGAUCAUACUUGCUCCAGAACCACAGCCGUAAAAACAGAGUUCUGGAUUUUUAGAAGGUUCUAGAGCGUGUACUCAUGUUAGAUCCUGUUAAAAGAGAAGGUUCAGAACUCUGAGCAGUCUAAAAAGGGUUCUGGAUUCAGAGUAGGUUCAGUAAAAAGGACAGGGUACCUGGAAAUAUUGCAGUUUCAACAGUUUGGUCUAGAUUUCCAUCAGAAUGGUUUCUAGAGUCUCAAAAGUAAACUCAGCAAAAGCCACUGGGGUCAAACUGGGACCAAGACUGGGUUCCUGGUCGUUAUCCAGACAGGGAAAGUUGACCAUGCCUCUGGUUGUCUUGUGCUUGUUAUUUGUUGAUCGAGUCGGUUGCCAUGGCAACUCCUCAUCUGAGCUGUCAUUGUCAGAUUUGAUGAUGUUGGACCGUCCUGACUUCCAUGGCACAGAGUCACCUCUAGAACCACUGAUGGACCUUCAGAUCCAGACCUCAGAAGGGGAGGCACGUCUGGUCCAAGAGACCGUCAACAAAGCCUCGUCCUUACCAGAGAAAUUAAAAAUGAAACAUAUGAACAAGCUGAAACACAAACCUGAGAGAAAGCCAUACCAGCCAUCCUCUAACUCUUCCAUGGCUGUUCAUAGGCGCCCAGUAGCGCCCCCCAGCUGCCUGGAAACCACAUCGAUCAAAACAGCCUUCAAGUACAUCAACACGGUGCUGUCCUGUGUGAUCUUUGCCGUGGGGAUCGUAGGAAACGCCACCCUGCUGAGGAUCAUCUGCCAAAAUAAAAGCAUGUGGAAUGGACCCAAUGUUCUGAUAGCCAGUCUGGCCCUGGGAGACCUGAUCUACAUCGCCAUUGACAUACCGAUCAACGUCUACAAGCUCCUGGCGAUGCGGUGGCCUUUUGCUGACAGUGCGUUCGGCCUGUUCCUCUGUAAGCUGUUCCCCUUCCUGCAGAAAGCUUCAGUCGGCAUCACCGUCCUCAACCUGUGUGCCCUGAGUGUGGACAGGUAUCGAGCCGUGGCGUCCUGGUCUCGGGUUCAGGGCACUGGUGUUCCCAUAGUAACGGCGGUAGAGAUCGUGGUCAUCUGGCUGCUCUCUGUGGCGUUAGCCGUGCCCGAGGCCAACGGCUUCACCAUGGUCACCUUCGACUACAAGAACGUUACCAUGACAACCUGCAUGCUGCAGCCCAGGACGCCCUUCAUGACUUUCUACAGGGAUGUGAAGGACUGGUGGCUGUUUGGUUUCUACUUCUGCGUCCCACUGACCUGCUCGGCCGUUUUCUAUGGACUCAUGACCAGAGAGAUGCUCCGACAUCAGAAAGGAAGUCUGAGGAUUGCGCUGAGUGAGCACCUCAAACAGCGUAGAGAAGUGGCCAAAGCCGUGUUCUGCCUGGUGCUGAUCUUCGCUCUGUGCUGGUUUCCUCUCCAUCUGAGCCGUCUGCUGAAGAGAACCGUCUACAAACCUCAUGAUGCUCACCGCUGUGAACUGCUAAACUUCCUGUUGGUGCUCGACUACUUCAGCAUCAACAUGGCCACCAUCAACUCCUGCAUCAAUCCCAUAAUCCUCUUCUUUGUCUCCAAGAAGUUCAAAAACUGCUUCAAGUCCUGUCUGUGCUGCUGGUGUUAUUCUGGCUCUCUCUCCAACAGCAUGCUGCCCCUGCACCGUGGGACGAGUCUACCAUACAAACAUACUGACCACUGAGAGAGGGCGAGAGAGAGCGAGAGAGAGAGCACAGAGACUCAACAGUACAGAGACUGGACUGCAUCAGGACACCCAACAAUCUGACUGACUGAUAACCACUGUAUCUACCCUUUAACAUGCAGUUCUAACCUUUUUAUAGCGUAUUUAUUCAGCUAUGUAUAUUUUAUUAAAUAUUAGUCAUAUAGGUUGAUAUAAUAAACAGUACAGAGC